AUGUCGCCGGUCGUCGUGAGAUUCCAGGGCCCAACUUUUCCAAGACACAAUGCGGCGCCUCAGGGCCAUCUCGCCAAGCUCGAAUGGCACACCAACAACGUUGACGAAGUCAUCAGACGCCUCGGUUCCUCCCUCAUCGAAGGUCUCUCCCCAGAUCAAGUCGAACGACGCGUCGGUCGCUAUGGAAAGAACGCCCCUUCUCCUGCCCCGACGCACAAUACCAAGAAGAUUGUCGGUUACUUCUUCAAGGGGUUCGGUACAGUCCUCUUUGUGGCGGCCGUUCUGGUAUUUAUCGCGUGGCGACCCCUGGGAAAGCCCCCGGCGCCUGCGAACCUUGCCCUAGCCAUCGUCCUGCUUGCUGUGUUCUUCAUUCAGGCUGCGUUUAAUAUGUGGCAGGACUGGUCUUCCUCGCGUGUCAUGAACUCUAUCAAGAACUUGCUCCCUGAACACUGCCUGGUAAUACGCGACAGACAGCAGGUCACCCUUUUUGCGGAUCAGCUUGUCCCUGGAGAUAUCCUCUUGAUCAAGGCUGGCAACAAGCUCCCUGCCGAUGUCCGCUUUGUCAAGGUCUCUUCCGAUCUCAAGAUCGAUCGGUCCAUUCUCACAGGCGAAUCUGUCCCCAUCCACGGCACUGUAAACUCUACAGACGAAAACUACCUCGAGACCAAGAACAUUGGACUUCAAGGCACACAUUGCAUCUCGGGAACAUGUACCGGUCUCGUCGUCGCGACCGGAGACAACACUGUAUUUGGCAGGAUCGCACAGCUCACGAACGAGCCAAAGAAGGGCUUGACCACCCUUGAGCGUGAGGUCCUCCACUUUGUAUUGGUCAUCUGCUCCAUCAUGGCUCUCAUGAUUAUCCUCGUCAUUGUCCUUUGGGCAACAUGGCUACGCAAGAAGUAUCCUGACUGGAUCAGCGUCCCUAACCUCAUCAUUUCGUGUGUGUCUGUGGCUGUGGCCUUUAUCCCUGAAGGCCUUCCUGUUGCUCUCACGGCUAGCAUGACCAUCAGUGCCAACAUGAUGCGCAAGAACAAGAUUCUUUGCAAGUCACUCAAGACGGUGGAAACACUCGGCUCAGUCUCUGUCAUUUGCUCUGACAAGACGGGUACAUUGACACAGAACAAAAUGAUUGUUACAGAGUGCGCCAUCGGCGACAAGCGCAUGCUAGCAGACCAGGCAAGAGACGUCAUGGUCCUCAACCAGCACACCAGCCCCAAGAACAACUCUCUCAGCCAGCUCCGCGCCGUUGCCGGACUGUGCAACGCAGGUUCCUUUGACGCGGCCACCAUGAGACUCCCUCUUCACGAGCGUGUCAUCCACGGUGACGCCACCGACCAAGCCAUCCUCCGAUUCUCAGAGGGCCUUGGAGAAGUGGCUGAGCUUCGACGGUGUUGGAAGGUCAAGUAUGAACUUGCGUUCAACAGCAAGAACAAGUACAUGAUCAAGGCGUUCUGUUUGACACAUCCUGAUGGUCUUUCGCUUGCGUUGCCAUCGGACAUUGGGUCGAUCUUUGCGCCAGGCGAUGUGCUAUUGACGAUCAAGGGCGCACCGGAGAUCCUUCUGGAACGUGUUAGCUCAUACGUCAACCCCUCGGGCGUUUGUGUUCACCUGGACGAUGCUAAGCGCAAGAGCAUUGAGAUGAUCAAAGAUGACUGGGCGUCUCAGGGAAGACGAGUGCUAUUGCUGGCUCGCAAGUCCAUCUCAAGCUCGGUCUUUCCACCAAGCAUGUCGGAAACUGCUCUCGAGUCGGAGAUGUACAACCAGGCGCUGACUGGGUUGACUCUUGUUGGUCUGGUCGGUAUCGUUGACCCUCCUCGCCCCGAGAUCCCGGAUGUGGUUGACACGCUUCGCACUGCGGGCAUUCGAAUCUUCAUGGCAAGUGAUUUUGCCUUGACUGCUCGGGCUAUCGCUGAAGAGUGUGGUAUCAUCACCAGCCAAAACGUAGACACCGUUGAGGCUCUGCAUCGUACAGUGACCAUCGACCCAUCUCUCCGCGCUCUGGAGCUCAACUAUGGCGCUGAUGGACCUCGAGAGGCCAUUGUCCUUAGUGGCCCUGAGCUUAUCACCCUUAACGAGGGUCAGUGGGAUCAGUUGGCCGAGUACCGCGAGAUUGUAUUUGCUCGAACGACACCAGAGCAUAAACUCCGCAUCGUGCGCGAGUUUCAAGCUCGGAACCAGAUCGUUGGCAUGACAGGUGACGGUGUGAAUGAUGCUCCGUCCCUGCGUGCCGCUGAUGUUGGUAUCGCCUUGGGUUCAGGCAGUGACAUUGCAAUUGAGGCGGCCGACAUGGUGCUAUUGGAUACAUUCGCGAGCGUUGUUGAAGCGUUGCGAUAUGGCCGAAUGAUGUUUGACAACCUCAAGAAGACUGUGGCGUAUCUGCUGCCCGCAGGUAGCUUCAGCGAGUUCUGGCCAGUCAUGACCAACGUCGCCUUUGGCAUUCCUCAGAUCCUGAGCAGCUUCCUCAUGAUUAUCAUCUGUCUCUUCACCGACGCGAUGGCUGCCAUCGCCCUCGCUUAUGAGGCUCCGGAGGCCGACGUGCUCCUGCGGAAACCGAGGGUACCGGGCAAGAACCGCCUAGUUGAUUGGCAGCUCAUCCUGCAGGCGUACGGGCUCGUCGGCUUCAUCGAGACGGCGGCGUCGUUUGCCAUGUCGUACUGGUACUUGCAGCGCAAGGGAAUUCCCUUUUCGGACAUUUGGUUCUCGUUCGGAAAGCUGCCUGACACGAUCGAUCCCGAUUACUACCAGGCGAGGCUGAACGAGGCGAGCUCCAUCUACUUUGUGAACCUGGUCGUCAUGCAAUGGUUCAAUCUUUUGGCCGUGCGGACCCGGCGUCUAUCCAUCUUCCAGCAUCCUCCCCUGUUCAACAAGAACACCCAGAACUGGUAUCUGUUCCCGGCCAUGUUGUUUGCUCUCGUCAUGGCCUUCUUUUGGCUGUACCCGAAGGAGUUCCAAAACGUCUUGGAUACGGCCGAGGUGCCUGUUGAACAUUGGUUCCUGCCCAUGGCGUUUGGUAUAGGUCUCAUUCUAAUUGAUGAAGCGAGGAAGUAUUGCGUGAGAACCUACCCAAAGGGCUUAUUGGCUCGGAUGGCUUGGUAGGUCGGCUAUUAGUGGACGAUGGGAGUGUAUUCGGUCGAUAGGCUUCGAUAUGCCUCGGAAUAACAGUACAUUAAACAAAUUGACGAUGUCGUUGCCUUGUCCUCCAUGAUACAUGAUUCUGUGCGUAACAUGAUGUCGAUGAGAACAUGAUGCCGGGACAAACGUUAAACCCCUCCUCCUGCGGCGUUGAUUCCCCUGAGGCGCAUUGGCGUUUACACUGAUAUACGAUCGGAAGCGAAAGGGGCGUCAUCGAGAUCGUCACGGAAACGGCGGUGGAACUUUGUAGAUAGAAAAGAGUCACAAAAAGGCGAGAGGCGAAAGGAUGAGACGUCGGUGGGUGUUCACGAAGUUGAAUCGGCGCAUCAUGUUGGUCGCACGGGGCACGGCGAGCGAGAUGGCGAGUAGACACUAAAACUAACUCGUACUAUUCUAGGAAGAGGUCGGGGGCGAAUGGAUCGCAGUUUGAGCAAGUUCGAGACCCUACAUGGUUUGAGGCACAGAAACCUCGUCAGUUCCGCUGCCCAAUGUUUUGACACAUACCGUUCUUGGCCAGCUGGCCAUGUUUUGCUGUCGAGUCCUGGUUUGACGCUUAUUCCCCUUGUCGCUGGCGUGGCUGGUUAUUUGCUGUUUCUGGACCAUCGGAAUCCGUGCUUGAAAGUCGGUGUCGAAAAAAGGUGAGCUGAGCUUUGAUUUCCUGACCUUGGAAUCCUGGAAGAAAUGCUGUCAUGGGGGGUCGUAUCACGUGGGACCUGUUCAUGGGUUGAAAGGAGUCAUUGUGUCUGGGCGUUCUCUGCGACGGACGUGGACGGAAUUUGUGAGAAUGCAACGGAAAUGGCCAUGGCCUGCGUUAAAUGAAGGCGUCCUCAUGAUCAAUGGUUUAACAAAUCACCCAUUUUCGGCGUCUAAUCGCUUGUUCUUAGCUGCCGUCGGCGCUCGCCUGCCGGUGCCGGACGUGGUUUGAAGGUGGCAUGCUCCUGCCUGGAGCCAGGAUCGAUAAGGGAUCCAUCCGAGGUCUCCACCUGAGGUCGCCUGUUCCCGGCCCCACUAUCGGAUGUUGGCUUUGGUGAUGUAAGACAAGGGGAACAAAGAUGAUGAAGAUGAUAGCAAGAAGCUACACGAUGUUAUUCCGAUGGAAAGAGAAGAUGAAAUUGAGGUUCCAUUGUGAGGUUGGAAAUGAGAGUAUG